UGCGUGUCUUGCCGCUGCAGAAUUCCAUUCGCGCUGUCUCAACUAUGGGGCUAAUUAUAGCACCAGAAGAAGUAUGGUAGUAUCCAAGAUUGGAGAUGGGUCGGUUCGAAGAGUCCCCUUCGUAGGAAGAAAAAAAAAGAGACCCCUGCGGGGGUGUACGGUGGGGUUGUCAGCCAGCGGUUCCAUGGAUCGGAUCGACUAUAAGAAGGGGGAGGAAGCAGCAGGGCUGGUCCUGAUUUCAACCAUCCACCAAAAUAAAUCCUCAUCUCAAACAGCCAUUCGAACCUGCAAUAAUGAACGCCCUAACUACCCUCCUCACCGUCCUCUCCGCAGCAACCAGCACCAGCGCCCUCUCCAUCCAACCGCGCGACCCGGCGCCGGCCUCCAUCACCCCGCCGGAGGGGUGCCCCAUCCCGACCUGGGAGGUGACCUACUUCCACUGGUUCAACGGCUCCAAGUCGCUGGACUGCAUCCACAACCCGGCCGACAUCGCCUUCAAGGACUGCCUGUGCGGUAACGCCUGGUGCGACCAGGACCCGGCCACCUGCAACGGCACCAUGGUCCCCGUCUGCUACACGGGCAUGCCCAACUACCAGCCCUGGGGGUACGGGCCCCCGCAGACGUUAGCCAUUGAUUUCUCUGAUGGCCUGGAGUGCCGCGACACGUACAUCGGCUACCGCAUCCACGACAUCGCCCACGGCGAGUCCAACUGCGGCUACGCCGACCGCGGCCUGGGCCGCAUCGUCUCGUUCUACGGCACAUCGAACGAGGACGUCUCCGUGGGCCACAUGGAUUAUGAGCUCGGCUCGGGCCAUGCCUUGACGUGUAAUAACGGGAGCAAGAUCACGUACCAUGGCAGUGUGGAUUUCCAGUUGAACUGCGUGCAUGAUGCGUUCUUUAAUGCUACGUGUGAUGCGGCGCCGUUUGAGAUUCCGGUUUUGAGCUACGAGUGGGUUUCCUAGUUGACUUUUGGAG